AAAUAAAAAGAAAAGAAAGAAAUGCUGUGGUGAAGAAGUGGAUAAGGUACUCUGAAAUUUGUCAUGAGUUUUGUAAUAAAUUACAGAUAUAGAUUAUGGAUUAAGAUCCUCCCCGCCAUUCACAUACCGAACCACUGCACUGCUUAAGCAUGGCAAUGACAUUUGAAACGGGUCGUUUUCACCUUUCGCGCCCAACGGCCUCAAAGCACUUGUUAUUCUCGGCCAUUAUCAAACGACCAAAACCCGUUUCGCUUCCUUCUUCUCGGUUCUUCCAUUGCCGAUCGAGACGCCUCGUUUUGACGCAGAGAUUCGCAUUGAAAGUCUGCGCGGUGAAAGUCGAGCAGAAGAACGUCGCUACGGAAUCAGGAGAGUGGGGGAAGGUUUCCGCGGUGCUCUUCGACAUGGACGGCGUGCUUUGCAACAGCGAAGAGCCUUCAAGAAAAGCCGGCGUCGAUUUGUUUGCCGAGAUGGGCGUCGAAGUCAUCGUCGACGAUUUUGUGCCGUUUACGGGAACAGGAGAAGCUAACUUUUUGGGAGGUGUUGCUUCUGUUAAGGGAGUUAAAGGAUUUGACCCAGAAGCUGCCAAAAAAAGGUUCUUUGAAAUAUAUUUAGAUAAGUAUGCAAAACCAGAUUCUGGAAUUGGAUUUCCGGGUGCCCUUGAACUCAUUUCUCAGUGUAAAAGCAAAGGCCUUAAAGUGGCUGUUGCAUCUAGUGCUGAUCGUGUAAAGGUUGAUGCAAAUCUAGCUGCUGCUGGUUUACCAUUGUCAAUGUUCGAUGCGAUUGUCUCUGCAGAUGCUUUCGAGAAUUUGAAACCUGCUCCUGAUAUUUUCUUAGCUGCAUCGAGAAUAUUGAAUGUGCCCCCCAGUGAGUGUAUUGUUAUAGAAGAUGCGCUAGCUGGAGUGCAGGCUGCCAAAGCUGCGCAAAUGAGAUGCAUAGCUGUAAGGACCUCAAUAUCAGAUGCAGUUUUAGAAUCUGCAGAGCCAUCAUUUAUCCGGGAUGACAUAGGAAGUGUUUCACUUGAGGAUAUUCUCUUUGGUGGCACUGUUGGAUAUAAUGAGAGGAUGCAGGGCUCCGAAACUCUAAAUAAUUUUGCAGAGUCUUCAUCUACUGUGCUUGAUGGAGGGUUGCAGGGUUCUCGGCGAGAUAUACUGAGAUAUGGAAGUCUGGGCAUUGCUAUCUCUUGCCUUAUCUUCACCUUAAAUAACUGGAAGGCAAUGCAAUAUGCUUCUCCAAAAGCUGUUUGGAAUCAGUUGUUUGGUGUUGCCCUGCCACCCUUGGAGCAGAAAGAUAACUCAAGAUAUGAUAGGAUCCAGCAAUUUGUGAACUACAUUUCUGAUCUGGAAAGCAGGGGAAAUGCUCAGAUAGUUCCAGAAUUUCCAUCUAAACUUGAUUGGCUGAAUACAGCUCCACUUCAGUUUCGCAGGGAUCUGAAAGGAAAAAUUGUUUUGCUGGAUUUCUGGACUUAUUGUUGUAUAAACUGUAUGCAUGUGUUGCCAGACUUAGAUGCUUUGGAGAAAAAAUACAAAGAUAUGCCAUUUGUUGUCGUGGGUGUUCAUUCUGCAAAGUUUGAUAACGAAAAAGAUUCUGAGGCUAUUCGCAAUGCAGUUUUACGCUAUGGAAUUUCUCACCCGGUUGUCAACGACGGAGACAUGUUUCUUUGGAGGAACUUGGGUAUAAGUUCAUGGCCAACAUUUGCUAUAGUUGGCCCUGAUGGUAAGCUUCUUGCACAACUAGCAGGAGAGGGUCACAGGAAGGAUCUAGAUGAUUUUGUGGAGGCUGCCCUUCUAUAUUAUGGAAAGCAGAACAUGCUGGACAAUACGCCAAUUUCCUUGAAUUUGGAGAAAGAUAAUGAUCCACGCCUGUUGACUUCUCCAUUAAAGUUUCCAGGAAAGCUAGCAGUUGAUGUCCUUAAUAACAGGCUUUUUAUUUCUGACAGCAACCAUAAUCGUAUAGUGGUUACUGACCUUGAUGGGAAUUUUAUUGUACAAAUCGGGAGCAGUGGGGAGGAAGGUUUGAAUGAUGGUUCUUUUGAUGAUGCUACUUUUAACCGACCUCAGGGCCUUGCUUAUAAUGCAAAGAAAAACAUCCUUUAUGUUGCAGACACUGAAAACCAUGCUCUGAGGGAAAUUGAUUUUGUUAAUGAGAAAGUACGGACCCUUGCUGGAAAUGGGACCAAGGGCUCUGAUUAUGUUGGAGGUGGAAAAGGAGGCACACAGCUUCUCAAUUCCCCUUGGGAUGUCUGCUUUCAUCCAUUCGAAGAAACAAUUUAUAUUGCCAUGGCUGGCCAACAUCAGAUUUGGGAGCACAAUUUAUUAGAGGCAACUUCCAGAGCAUUUAGUGGUGAUGGCUAUGAAAGAAACUUAAAUGGAUCAAGUUCUACAAACACGUCAUUUGCACAACCUUCUGGUCUUUCGUUGUCUCAAGAUCUAAGCAAGAUCUACAUCGCUGAUAGUGAGAGUAGUUCAAUUCGAGUUGUGGAUCUGAAAACAGGAGGAUCACAGUUGUUAGCUGGUGGUGACCCAAUGUUUGCUGACAAUUUGUUUAAGUUUGGUGAUCAAGAUGGAAUAGGCUCGGAUGUACUUCUUCAACAUCCAUUGGGGGUUAUGUGUGCAAAUGAUGGUGAAAUUUAUAUCGCAGAUAGCUACAAUCACAAGAUCAAGAAGCUAGAUCCAACUAGUAAAAGAGUUAGCACCAUUGCAGGAACUGGAAAAGCUGGUUUCAAAGAUGGAACGGCUGUAAAAGCUCAGCUCUCUGAACCGGCAGGAAUUGUUGAAGGGAACAACGGGAGAUUAUUUAUAGCUGACACAAACAACAGCUUAAUUCGAUAUCUAGAUUUAAACGCUGAUGAAACUGAACUCCGUACCUUGGAGCUUAAAGGAAUUCAGCCUCCUAAACCAAAAUCAAGAUCUUUUAAACGUCUUAGACGACGAGCAUCAGCCGACACAGUGCCAAUUCCGAUUGAUGCCAUUUCAUCAAAUGAGGGAAACUUGUCUAUUAAAAUAUCAUUACCAAGCGAGUAUCAUUUCUCAAAGGAAGCACGCAGUAAAUUCAGCGUGGAUAUUGAACCUGAAGAUGCUGUGAAUAUUGAACCCCUCGAUGGAUUCCUUAGUCCAGAAGGAUCUGCAACUCUUCACUUUAAGAGAUCCUCUAACUCUGCUUCAGUGGGAAGAAUUAAUUGCAAGGUUUACUAUUGCAAGGAAGAUGAAGUUUGUUUGUACCAGUCUUUGCUGUUUGAGGUCCCCUUCCCAGACGGUGCUUCUAGCCCUGCCAAAGCAGACGUCACUCUCGCACAUUUUGUGAAACCCAAAACUUCAACCAGCAACUUACUGGAGACAGUUGUCCGGUGAGUCGGUGACACCAUAAAAAGACAAUUGUAUUCAAAUGCUUGAGUGUCAUGAUCUUUCUUCCGAUACAACAGAUCAUAAGUUCAUAACUAACAAAGUUCAAGGUAAGUUGCGUACCUUUCUCGCUUCUCUGAAGAUGUCGUCAUCAAUAAUCAUUGUGUAAUCAUGUUAAAUAAUUUAUCUUAUUAGUUAUAUUCAUUGUUAUAAUGGUUGUUUUGUGGAUAAGCAAAGAUGGAUUGUCUACGAAGUCGACACUCGUGCAUCAUCCAUGUUAUGAUAAUUGGAGGCCAAUAAUUGAGCAUACUAACAUUAUUGUAAAAAAACAUAUCUAUGCUGAACGUUUAACACUUUACGUGUGUUUCCGAAAA